GUUUACAAGAAAUUUCUUUUUCGUCACCCUUCAUUCCAGCUUCUGUUAUGAGACAAACGUCUUGAAAAAAAAAGAAAUAGCAAACAGAAGUUAGUAAUUAUAACUUUGAAGAUAGUGAAUUUACAAGAUUUAAGCGAAAUAUUAAAAGUUUACAAUGUUUGAUCCAAAGCGUAAUACAAUGACUGUUGAUAAAUUAUUAAAGAAGCGAGUAGAUGUUCAUGUAUGUGAGCUACCGAAAACAUCACAGAGUAAUUUACCGAAGUUACCACCCAACGCAAAGUUUCAUGCUCGUUGGAGACGAAAAUUUCAAAAGUUCAUUUUGGUUUCUGAGAACCAUCCUCUAACGCGUAACACGUUACGCAGUUAUGCUGCAAUUGCUUUUGAGAAACGAAGACAUGGGCGGUCUUCGUUUUGGUGGAUAAUUCAUCCAUGUAGCGACUUUAGGUUUUACUGGAACAUUCUAAUGACGUUUAUUUAUCUAUACCUAUUCAUUACUGCGCCAUAUAUUGUGUCAUUUCAUAGAAUAGUAAAAAGUACCAACCCAUCUAGUUGGACUCUAAUAUAUCCUGCAUUAAUGAUUUGUAUAAUUGAUAUUGGUUUAAAUUUUAUAACUGGAUUCACUUCAUCCGAGGGACAUGAAAUAUUUUUAGACCCAGUUCUAAUAGCAAGACAUUAUGGGAAACGCUAUUUUUUCUUUGAUUUUAUAUCGUCGGUUCCCAUGCUGUGGUUCCAGCAGUACACUAUAACACCUCCAGGCCCCGAAGCAAACUCAUUAUUCUUAAUACCUGAACUAUUGCCAACGGUGAAGUUAGUUCGCAUUUGGACAUUGCGCAUUUAUUUAAGGCAGAUCACAGCAAAUUUUACAAUUUCUCAUGCUAUGGAUAAAGCCUUAUGGAUAGCAAUGCUUAUGACAUUAAUAUUCCACUGGAGUUGCUGUUUCACACACGUUGCUCCGGUUAUCUUUGCGCACAUUGAUCGCUCAACCAUGGAAGAGAGUGAAUUGUAUUUAAUUGUAUCAGGAAUAAAUAAGAAAUCGAGUGCAGAAAUUUAUUUACAGUAUCUCCACAUGGGUGUGAGCAAUUUCUUUGGAUCAAGUUUUACUGAACUGUACGAUUUAAGCACAAAAGAUACAGCAGUACGUUGCACAAUUUUAAUACUAGGAAAAGGGUGUUUAAUUUAUAUUAUAGGUAAUUCUUUUUCAAGUUUAUGGAAGUAUUUAUUGAAAAGAAUAUCUUUCAACUUGUGUAUUGUAAUAGUAUUGAUUCUGCAACUGGCAAGAUCAGCUGCAGAGCCGGAGUUGAAGUAUCAACGAAUUAUGUACAGAGUAAAUGAAUAUAUUCACGAGAAAAAACUUCCAGACAGACUUAAACAUAAGCUCCUUGCUUAUUAUGAAUAUCGUUUCCAAGGCAGCUUCUUUAAGGAGAAAGCCAUAUCCAAUACUUUAUCAAGUUAAUAGUUUGUAUACAAAGACAUAUAA